GACGGACUGUAGAGGAUAUGCACAUGUCAAAUUCUGCUUGACCUACUGGGUUGUAUAGAUCGCGUUUAAUGUUAAAUACGUUUUGAACUUGUAACAGACAUGUUCCGUGUUUCUGUGACUCUUUGCUGCAGAGCGAUUGGAAAGAGGUUUGCAUCGACAAUCUCAGGAGAAGGGGGGCUUCCCAGCAAUCUCAGACUUGCUCCAAACCUUGUACAAUUUUCACAGACAGAGAGGCCUCCUGCUGCUGGCUCAGGAUUUCCGGUUCUCAGGCAGUGCGAGGUAGAGAUCCCCUCCCACCUCACUGCCAGGCAGGCUUGGCUUGAGUCCCUGCGAGGUUAUGAUGAUGAGCAGCUGGGCUUGGUAGACCUGCAUCCUGAUGUCUUUGCUGUGCCUCCAAGGAUCGAUAUACUCCAUGAGGUUGCAAUCUGGCAGAAAAACUUUAAGAGAAUUAGCCAUGCUAAAGUGAAGACCCGGGCUGAGGUGAGAGGUGGAGGCAGAAAACCAUGGCAACAGAAAGGAAGUGGCAGAGCACGUCAUGGCAGCAUUAGAUCACCCUUGUGGAGAGGAGGUGGUGUAGCACAUGGCCCCAGAGGUCCAACUAGUUAUUAUUACAUGCUCCCUAUGAAAGUGCGUGUAAUGGGACUUAAAGUUGCUCUCAGUGCCAAGCUGGCUCAGGAUUACCUUCAUAUUGUUGACUCCCUGGAGAUGCCAACCCCAGACUCCCAGUACAUUGUGGAUCUGGCCAGACACAGGCACUGGGGAGAUUCUGUUCUCAUUGUAGACGUGAAAGAAGACCUUCCUGAAAAUAUAUUAAAAGCAACAGAAGACUUGAAGACAAUAAAUGUAAUGCCUGUCAUUGGUCUGAAUGUUCACAGUAUGCUGAAACAUGAAACUCUGGUACUUACCCUGGAUGCAGUGAGUUUUUUGGAAAAGAAGCUGCUUUGGCAUGACUGCAGAUACUCUCCUCUCUACCCAUUCAAGCUACCCUACCGUGACUUACCCUAAAUCAAUAUUACAUGUAUUCUGCAUCCCUGUAAAAAAAAAUUAAUAAAAAAAAAAACCACCAAGACAGCAAUUUGGAGUAAAAAGGUGUAACAUUUUAUUUUGUAUGUACAGUAUUUCAAUAAAUACAAUAACUCCCAUCUCCCGCAAACGCUUUUGACACAUCUAAUAAACAUUUUAAAAACAUACAUAAAGUUAAGGCAUAAAAAGCAAAAGGUAUUUAAUUAAACACCUCAAACUGUUUACAGCACGUAGCAGACACUGUCCCUUCCACUGCAUUAGAAAGACAAAUUGUGCUUACUGAGACAGCCAUAAACUUGACUGUCUGUGGUUUACACCGUGUAACUUUUUUUUUGUUCCUGGGUAGUAAGUG